UUCCCGAAUUUGAAGAUGUUAGGGACUUUCUUGAACAUAUUCGCACUGAAGGUGAUUGUCCGUUAUAUGAUCGUUUUGUUCCUAAAUUGGAUACGGAAGAGUAUUGUAACUGAUUACAUUCUCAAAAUACUCCGAAAUGUUCGAGAAAAAAUUCAGUUGCACAGGUCAAUUAAUUUUCGUCAAAUGUAUGAUAAACAAGCAGAUGAAGGGCAACAAGUUGUUAAUAAUGGUCAAUCAAAAGCAGAUUCUCUUACACCUUUGGAUAAAUUUGCUGAAAAGUUGGCAACGAUGAAAUCCGAAGGGCAAAUUGUCAAGGAAGAAGAACCUUCUCAGGAUGACGUUGAUGAUUUGGAAAUUUUGGAAAUUUUUACAAAAAGUCCAACACCGAGUGAAGCGUCGCACUACAAUGAUGUUUUGCAGCCAACCACUUCCAAGGAGGCAACUGAUAUUGAUCUGGAGAUUAUUGCGCUUGAUAAAGAAAAUGGUGAGAAUGUGAAUGUUGGAAAUUGUGCUAAUGUUGGGGACAAUAAUAUGGAUUGUGUUUCUGAUUCUGAAGCUUCAGCAGCUUCUUCAAAAAAAUCUGAUGACAGCAUUGCAGUAGGGGAAAGUGCAAUUAGCCCAAUAGCUUCUCCAAAGAAGCAAGAAGUAAAUGAGGUCAAAAUGAAAGAUUAUAAGGAAGAAGAGGACGAUGAUAUUAUCUGCAUUGAUUGA